CACGAGGCUACUGGGACGAAAAAGAGAAAGAAAGAGAGAAACUCGUUAGAAGAGCUUGCGUGGAAAUAGAGAUCGAAAGAGAGAGACGGAGAGAGAGAGAGAGUAGAAGACCGAAGCUGAGAAGAAACGGGGAUAUCGGGAGAGAGGCCGCUUGUCCGUGGGAGUCGUUCUGGUACUACGAAAGAAGGCGCAUCUCAUCAUCAUCGUCAGCGACGAGCUUCAGCGAAGGGAACCGAUAUCUGCAGCAGAAAAUCGCGUAACGCGAAAACUCAACGAGAAGCUCUCAUUAGGUCAGAGCCGUUAGAAGUUAAUUGUCCAAAAAUACACAAAAACAAGGAGUAAAGAUGUCGAGGCCAAUUUUGAGUAGGCCACGCACACGCGUAUACGGCUGCAAUUACGACAAGGGCGAGUCGUAUUAUAAGCCAACCAUUGCCAAUCUGGACAGGAAGUACAGUGCCAGGCCAUUAUUCCCCGAGCCACGCAACUCACUUGCCGACGAGAUAGCCGCGCGCCGUAGCGACAUCGGAAGUCGCGAUCUCGCGGGCACGCGUCAAGGAGCUCUGGGCCGCAGCGACUUAGGCCUGGACACAGAGUCGUCUUUUCCUUCACGUCGCUCCGCACUGAGCGAUUCGUUCUUAGACGACGAGGAGACGGUCUUCGACAUCAGAGGUCAGCGCACGACGCGACCCCGCCGCCAUCAGCAGCUCAUCGACGACUUCGCCGACGACGUCGCAGCCACCAGCAACCGACUCAAGUCCCGCCUGCACAUCUCCUCCGAGAGCGUCGACGAUAAGCUGAGCGAGACCAUGCGCGGCGCCCGAGCUGCCUUCGACGAGGCGGAAACGUCCUUCCGGCGCAGAGCCACAGCCGCCGCCGACUCGUCCGACUCUCUGUUGGACGACUUCAAACCCUCGCUGACCAAAUGGAGCAAACUGGGCGAAACCGUCGAGGAAGAGGUGGGCAGCUCGGCCGCGAGUCGCGCCAAGCAGAGCCGAGCCAGGCUGAGCGAUCUCGAGGCCGAGAUGGAAGAGAUGGCCGAGAAGCAAGCGCGACGAGAACGCAGAGCCGCGGCACUGAGGGCUCUCAUCGACGAAACCAACAGCCAGGUUGACGACAGUCUCGCCAACAGUAGCAAAGUCAGCAGCAGUCACUCCGUGCACAGAUCGGAAAAAAGAAGUGAAAAACACGUUUCUUUUUGAGCGAUCGAUAGCUUUUCAAUAAUAAAUAUCUGAGUGGAAUUUCUUCAACUCUGAUUAUUUUCUUGCGCGCUAGGAUUAACAAACUCCACACACUCUCUCAACAAACUCCGACAAUUGUAUUUUUUUGUAAAAGUCUGGAUGGAUAGGAUUUUUCAUUCCGACAGUCCCAUCAAAUUUUAAUUAAAUCAUCAAAAAAGGCUGAAUUUAUCAGUAGGACCGUCUUUAAUUAAAUUAUUGUUCUUUUAUCAAACCUAGAUUUAUUGACCGAUUAGAAAGUGCAAAAUUUUACUUAUAAUAUUAACUUAUUAUAAACACUAAGUUUUAUGUUACAAAUUCAACAGAAUCAAAAUUUUAAAGAUAAUAAAAAUUCAAUACCAUUGUUUCGAUGCUUUUCAUAAUUAUCACUGGUAAAUGAUUUAUUAGAAACAUUAAAUCAUUUUUUAUUGUAUAAACCACGAUCAAAAAUAAAAGUGAUCAAGCUGAUUUAAAUGUAAUAUCUUUUAACUGUUGACAAGGAGCUGAUAUUUUCCCCUGAAAGAUAUUAAUCGUUAUUUGAUAGAAAAUCCCAAUCAUAUAAAUGUAAUAAUGAAUAAUUAUUUUUUUAAAUGAUAAUAUAAGGAUAUAUGUUCGUGUCUCGUAAAUAAAGAAAAAUUUAUUGUUCCUUAUAAUAGUUUCAGCUACGUCCCAAUAUAUAAAACGUCGUCAAGCUAUACUAUUUUUAAAGUGACUCAAAUGUAAAACAAUUUAUUUUGUUGUAAUAUGAAAAAUAAAAAAUACGAGCUUACAAUUUGUUUGCUUCCAAAAAAACUCAAA